AUGAUGCUGCGAGAUUCCGAUAUAGAUUCCCUCAAUAACCACCUCGCAACCUUAUCGCAGGAGAACGAGAAACACCACGAGAAUUUGCAGGCCGUACUGAAACAGUUUCGUGAUCUCCUGGAUGACUACAGCUCUCUGAAAAGUGACUACGAAGAAGUUAAGGAAGGCCGCGAAAAGUACAAGAGGCAGGCCCGUGGACAGGAACGCAAUCCCUUCGUGCUGGUUCUCGUCGAUGGCGAUGGAUAUCUGUUCAAAGAGCACUUUAUCAAGGCCGGCAGUGAUGGCGGGAUUAACGCUGCCGGCGAGCUGAGCGAGACUGUCCGAGAGCUCAUGCACACCACUAUGGGUGCGGAGGCCGAUCGGUGCCGAAUUAUGGUCCGUGUUUACGCCAACAUUCUCGGACUGUCCAAAGUGCUGGCCCGAAAUGGAAUGGUCGGCCACGAAGCUCGAUCCCUGUCGCCAUUCGUGUCGGCCUUCAACCGUGCUCAGGAUCUUUUCGACUUUGUCGAUGCCGCAGAGAAAAAGGAGGGCAGCGACUACAAAAUCAGAGAAAUGUUCCGGCUCUAUGCGGAUAUGAACCAAUGCCGCCAUAUCUACUUCGCAGGCUGUCACGACACCGGAUAUGGUUCUCUGUUGACCCCAUAUAGGGGCAAAGGCGACCGCAUUACUCUCCUUAAAGGCGCUGGAUUCCACCGUGAAUUUGAAGAGCUGGGAUUGCCGAUCCGAGAGCUGCCCUCAGUCUUCAUGUCUACUCCUCUUACUAGCAACAAGACUGUUCCCUCGGUCAACACCAAGCUAGCCAAUUUCCCUACCAAUGGCUCGAACGGUACAAAUGGCGCCACUGGUACCGUUCCCACUAAGCCAAUUUGCAAGCACUUCCAAAAGGAACCCCCACUUAACCCAACAUUUUUUGCCUGUUAUAGUAUUGACACGUCACAGGGAAUCUGCAGGUUCGGAAAUAACUGCAUCAAGCAACACGUUAUGCCCAAUCAGCAGCUGCCUAAGCCGGGCGACGAAUCACCCAAACAACUGUGGUCUGCUCCACACACCGUGGGUCGCUCUCAGGAGUUCCUUUCUACUGAACUACCCCCUAACAACGGCAAAUCGAACGAGUAUAUCCCCGUUAAUGAGAGUGGAGAACGUCUCGAUACCUACUGCCCUCAACCCUCCUCGGAUGCCCUCGACGAAUACCACCGCCGGGCCAAGUCUGCCAAAGUCUGUAACAGCUAUCACCUGUCCGGCGAAUGUGGCGACAUGAGCUGCCCGUAUGAUCACAGCGAGGUAUCCGACGAAAUCGUUGAAGUCCUCCGUUACAUCGUGCUGCAGCAUCCCUGCUCCAAGGCCGGUGCAUGCCGAUCUAUCAAAUGCUACUUGGGACAUCUAUGCCAAAAGCCUAACUGCAAGGGCGUCAAGAGCUGGCAAUGUCGCUUCAACCACAGAGCUCACACCCUUGACCUGAAAGUCGCUCAAUGGGUUGUGCCUGUGGACACGGAAUACGCCGACUUUGAUCGCUCCUGUACCAGUGACGAUUCUAACGACGGCGGACAAUCCCUCGGCGAACCAACCUCCCCGAGCAUUAUCGAACUCUGA